AUGGAUAAAGAAUCUUCAUCUACUUUAAAAUCCCCAGUCAAUUCCCCCACAAAAUCGGAAGAUAUAUGGCUUCAACCUCACCAACCUUUAAAACAGGACGGCCAUUCAGAACACAACAGAAUGCUUAUUGACUUUGAAAUAAGCGUUAUUGGGGAGGAGGAUGAAGAAGCUGAAGAAGUUUUGAGUCCAGAAUCGGCUGCAAAGCUAAAUGAAAGCUGUUCGGAUAAAAAUGCGGAUGAUUCCAAAAAAGUGUUCAAGAAGGUCACGAUUAAUGUUGAGGAAGUGGGAGAAGGGGAAUGUGAUAGAAGAUGGAAAAACAAAGGCUCGUCAAGAGACUCAAUCGAUCGACUGUUAGGUCUUGCAGAAAAAGAAAGAAUAAAUAAAGAAAAAAAAGAGGCGGAUAAAUUGAAAAAUGUGAAAGAACGUAUUUAUGUAGACAAAUUCAUAAUGGUAAGUCAUCGUGAAGAUAAGGAGGCUCUUGAGUUUCUUUGUAAUUCUUCACCUUCAAGUCCUGAUGGUGCUUCUUCGAGACAACCCGGCUUUUUGAAAAAGGGUUCAGCUCUCAUUGCCAAACUCAGCAGAUAUCGCCCACCGGUAUUGGACAUAAACGUUCUUGAUGGCGAUCCUCCACGACCACCACAACCUUCUUCAAGUUGUUUUGAUUUGUUGCAAACUCCUCAAAAAUCUUUUCAAAUAGAUGACGUUUUGUUAAAACAUUUUGACGAGAAUGUGGCAAUUGAAGACCAAAAUAACUCGGAAAAACCAGAAAAUGCACAAAUUGUGACUUCAAAAACGGAUUUUACAAAUACGGGAGAUGAUGUCAAAAGGGAAUUUGGACCAUCUUUGGAUCUUAUUUUUUGGCGAAAAUUUGUGGAAACGGAUGACCCUUGUUGGAGAGCAGUUGUGUUAAAAGCUGUUUCGUUUCUUUCAAGUGCCAAAACAUCAGAAAUGAACAAACUUUACAGAGAAUUCCUUAAAUUAAUUGAACAACUUUCAUAUGGUUUAAAUUCCUACAAACAAAUUAUAACUUAUGCUGAUCAGCUUGCACAGGAUGUUUUGAUUAAUAAAAAUGUUGAAAGACUUGAACAGUUCAAUCUACACUUUCCCUCAUUAUUAUUAACUAUUUUUAAUGCUAGAGAGGCUUGUCAAGUCAAUAGCUUAUAUGCAUUGUAUGACCUUGUUGAACAAAAAUUGUUGAAUAUUGAAGCUAUUCAAACUAUCAUUAUUGGCCUCUUCGACUUUUUGUCAGUAUCAGAAGAAAUUGUUAAACAAUAUCAUAGUUCGGAAAUUAAUGAGGAUGGUAGUAAUGAUGAAGAAGUUGCUCUUUCACUUCAAUGCCCAAUAUAUUUAAAUUAUAAUUGGAAUAGUGCUCAUUCUCUUAUUUUUCGACUUUUUUAUUGUGUUUUUUGCAAAUUGGAGGAUAAUAAAAAUUUUCUUCCUCAAGAAUGGAUACGGGAAACGUUUUUACCUAAACUUUGUUUUUAUUUUGGAGAUUCUAUUUUAUUACAGAAAACGUCAAAAUGUCGCGUUGAUUUUGUCACUUUACUUGCUCCAGCAGCUAAAUUGCUUGGAACAGAAUCUUCAGAAGAAUUAUUACUUCCAGCAUUUCAACGUUAUAUGAGUGAUUCGUCUGAUGUUCAAAAUGCUCUUUUAUCUCAAUUAUUUACUUUUUGCAAGGUUUUUGAGGGGAAUUUUUUAAUUUUAGAGAGUAGAUGGUUUGGGUCCACAAAACGCUUAUAAGUAAGGCGAACGCUACGCUGUUCGGAUUCAAAGGAGUUGAUAGAACUGACAUGAAUCGAACGAAUGACGCUGAAAAGAAAUUACUCUUGUAACCCAACUAUGAACUAAGGGUGGGACAGUUUGAAGAAACCCUGCGCUGAAGCGCGAUAAACUCCUAGAAAAUUGUAGGCCGUAGAUCCAGAAAUUAGUAGGGUAGCCUGUUCGUACAUUGAAAUAUCACAAUAUGUUCGUCCCUAUAUGCUCACAUGCCAUAUAAAUUCAGAAUUUUAUCCGACUUUUAAUUUCUUAGGUACUUUCUC